AUGUCUUAUAAUGGAAUUGGGCUACCGUCUGCUAAGGGCUCUUCCACCUCGGGCCACAUUCAAAGGUCAUUAGCAUCAAAUGAGGACAGGGAUAAGAAUAGAGGCAAAGAUUAUCUGAAGAGGCAAGCAGAAGCCAAAAAAUUAAAGAAUCAGGGGGGUGUAAAUCGCGUGAAGAAGAUAAAUAUAACAAAUAGUGAUAAUGCUAAUGCUGUGAAACGUUACUCCCUAAGAGAGAUAGAACUACGAGUGUCAGAGCUACGUGAUAGUUUAGAGGAUAAGAUGGAUGCAUCUUCGGACAAUGAAUUAACGCCAGAAGAUAUCGAUAAACAAUGUCAACAAUUAAGAGAACGAUUGAAAAAGGAGCAUCGCACACGUACCGCAUACACCAGCAGAGAUAAUCGAAAUGCAAUGAACGAUACUACUACUGCCACGGCCAGUUGA